AAUGUAUCAUGUUUUCUUCCUGUCAUUAUUAUUUUCUCUGCAUUUACAUUAUGCAAGUCAGAAGUGCAAUCAAUUAACAGGGAGAAAUUUAUCUUUUGGGAUAUCUAUUUCAAAAGAGGAUUUUUUUUGUUUUCCCCUCUUCAUACCACAGUAUUCUCUGCUGCUUAAGGAAUUUGGUAGCAUCAUUUCCAACUAACAUUUUAUUAAUUUUGUGGGAUGAUGAUUAUGCCUUCAAUGAAAGGACCUGAAGCUUAUGAAAGCUUAUGCCUUUUAAUACAAUUAGUUGGAAAAGGUUCCAAACUCCUUGUGAUUUUUGCCACCAUGGACAAACAUGACUGUUUUACAAUUUUUGCCACUUUAAAUUCUCAAAAUGUAAAUAACAAUACUGUAGCAUCUUUGGUUCUGAAAGCUGAUAACAUUUUGUUAGACAAUCAGUUAAUACUGUGUAGGAAGGGAAGUGUAUAAAGUCCUCUCUUUAUUUUCUGAAAUUGCAGAAUGAUUGGAUUAAACCUCCCUCCUAAUAGAGGUCAUUUAACUGCUUUUUGGAAAACUCAACAUUGCUUGCAGGAGUGGGCUGGGCAGGGGGGAGCUUUAGACAUAGCUGUGCCUAUCUCUUGAACUGCACAAAUGAAAAGACAUUAAAAAGUGUGAAUCCUAGUGAUUUUAUGAAGAUGUCUAUGUAGUUUUCUUGGCUAAACUACAAAAGAGAUUUCCUAUAAUUUUCUUCUGGGGUAUCUUUUCAACAUCCCAGUCUUGCCUAUAUCCCUGGUGAAAGAAUUAAAAAACAGAAAAAUGCCCUACCUGGUGAUUGCGUCCAUGCAGUUUUCCUUUUAGUUACAAAAAUGUUUUGCUUUGUAGCAGAACUGUUUGUCUAUAACAGCAAUCAAAUAGCACCUUUUUAGACUAGCUGUUGCCUUUUUCUGAGACAAGGUCUUUCCCUCCAGUCAAACUAAUAGCCCUGAACUUCUCAGAUAGUGUCACAUCCAAGUACUAAACAGGCCCAGCUUAGGUCAGCUGUAUGCUGCUACUUAAGAUUUUCUCAAACUGAUCACAGAAUGAUUUAUAUUUCUAUAGCCUUAAUAUAAAAUAAGGAGAAUUGAUGGUGGAAAGAGAGUUCAAUAGAUUAAGCGGUUAAAACACAGAGCCUGAAAACCCAAGCUUUAAAUUGUUAAAAUUUUAUUAAUCUGCAUUCAUCAAAUCCCUGUAUUGAAAACAUAAAAAAAUGUUCAUGAACUUAGGGUAGGCUUCCUGGAAUUUUGAGCUACAACAAGCAAUGAAUUGCCUGAGAAAUGAACUUUUUCUUCCAGUAUCUGAACUAGCAGAUAUCUGGCUUGAAGUGUAUUCGGCUAAAAAUAUACUUUAAAAAAAGACGUAUGGAUAUUUUUGAGGCUUCACAGCAUUGUUCAAUUUUUUUCCUUUUCUGGUGUGAUAGCAGUUUCCUGUGUUGCCGAAACAGCUAGAACCUCACAUGGUGGAAGUUAUAAGGGCUGGAAAAACAAUGAAAAUAAUUUAAAAAGGAAUUCACAAAGCAACAUAAUAAAGCUAAGGAUACUCAGUAGCUGCAGAACAGAACGUACGUUCUUUGGAUUCCAUCUCAGCUUAUGCUUACAGUUUAUAGUGCUUCCAUCACAGCAAAAAAAAAAUGCAAAUUCUGUGAACUAGAACACUGAUGGUCCAAUUUGCAUUUUUUGAGUAGAUUACUUUUCAGUAGCCGUGUUUGUUAACAAGAGACCCAAUAGGAAUCAAUAUCCUUUCCUCUCUACUCUCAUGCUUGACUGAAGUACAGAAAGAAUAUUAAUGCCCUGCAAGAUAUUGGAUUUUACUGGAAUUUAAGAUAUUGAAUGUAGAUGACCAAGGAGAGAAAGCUCAGUUGACUUAUAACAGAUUUGAAAAACAUGUAUUGUUAUUCCUGUGAUUGUUUUCAAGUGCCACAAUUAAUCCCAAAUUCUUAUUUUAUGUUGCAGCCUGCCCUAGAAGACAUUAAGAUGUUGGACAGAGCUAUUGCUUUCCUUUUUCUCCACUUUGUCAUGUGUUCUCUUUCUCCUCCUCUCUAUCCACCACUCAGAUAUAAUCCACUAUCAAUUUCUGGCAAAGCAGGGAGCUUUCAACUACAAGAAAUUAGUCCUGUGCAUAGCUACAAUCUUUCGGUAGAAGAGCAAGAAGAGAACUUUCUCAUCCCUAUUGAAAAAAGACUCCGGCGUCAUGCAAAUGCCAUAUUCACUGACAGUUACCGGAAGGUUCGAGGAAAGGUAUCAGCACGGAAGUUAUUACAGGGCAUAGUUGGGAAAAGACUUAAGGAAGAAAGCCUGGGAGAUGAGCAACAUGAAAUCUUGACUAGGCGCCAGUCUGAUAGCAUUGUGAUGGAUAGUCACUAUCACCAACAGAUGGUACUCAAGAAUUUCUUGGGAGCAAUGUUACAGAAUCAAGGGCCUCAAGAUGUUGCUAAUGACAAUUUAGAGGAUUUUACCAGUGUUCUGAUCAAAGUGAUGGAACUGUAG